UUUCAGUUUUAUUAUUUUAACUCACUAGUGUACAUCAAACCCGUACUUCAAAAUGCAACAAUUGGUGUUGAUUGGGCUAUUAGUUGGCUUAGUAGUAGGAGACUCUUAUAAGCCAAGUGGUUGGCGGCCGUCUGGUCCAUCCUUUUCACUGCAUCAAAACAAUCGAUUACACUUGAACGAGUAUAAUAGUAUACCGGCAGCUCCGUACGGUCCACCGCCGGCAGACUCUUAUCCAGGUCCUUCAAAUACUAUCGCUCCAUCGGAGAAUAGCGCCGGAGAUACUUCAACAACAGAGAUUGCCCCGAGAAUGACGUCGACAGCUACGACAAUAACCACCCCACGGACAAGGGAACCUACGACUCCAUUCAACGUUCAAGAUGAUGAUUCCCAACUUAAUCCUGCUCUCGCUGUUGCCAAUUCUUUUGCAUUCAACCGGCCUGUUUAUAUUUACAAUGGAUACCCGCUCUAUCCUGGCCUCACGUUUGUUAAAUAAAUUAUUUUUAAAUAGAAAAUGUACAAAUUUUACACGGAAUAAAUAUUUUUCAAUGUUAAUAAAAUUUAUUUAUCAUUUUUUUUUUAAAUUGAAACGAUUUUCAAAAAUUGUUCUCUAAAAUGUCCUGAGAAAAAAAUUUUUUAAUUUCUAAGAAAUUUAAAAUACAUAAAUUUAUAGAAAUAUUUA